AAAUUCCUGGAGAAGGGCCGCCCCCUGCCCCUCUCCCGGCAGCUCGCGGUCUCGCAACCCGCCCCGGACUCCCCAUCCUCUCCUCCUCCCUGCGCUGCCCUAGGCUCCCCCGACAGACGCCUCAUUGGGGACCAGGACCGCCCCCACCCAGGCUGGAACGUGCCCAGAGAGGGAUCCCCGGGUUGCUCUGCCCUGCACCUCUCUGCGGGGCUGCGUGUCCACGGGGACCCUUACCCAGCCGAACUGGUGGUGAUGGGGAAUCGGUGACUGCUGCGCAGCAUCUGGCUGCGCCCAGGACCGGCGGGGAGGGCUUGCAGUGUUACUGCCUCCUGGAACUGCAGUCCUUUUCUCUGAAGUUGCUCAAGAUGAGAAACGCUCAGGACCACUUGCGAGUAGCAGCCGGCUUAUUCGCUGCAGCAGAUAAACACGUCUCAAAAAAACUACAACCCCCAAGAAGCUCUACGGUCUUAACAGGGGAGGUGUGGCGCAUGCUUAGUCCCUCUCUCGAGGCAAUUAAACCAAACUACUAUUCCCAGCGGACACCGCGCUACAGGUUACCCAAUCAGCUUUAAGUAGAAAAGCAUCGCGAGUCUUCGGUGAGACUUGGCUGUAUAAGCCCUUGAGAACGAGUUUAGGAAACCCUUUUCAUGAAGAUGGCGCCCAAAGCGAAGAAGGAAGCCCCUGCCCCUCCCAAAGCCGAAGCCAAGGCAAAGGCUUUGAAGGCAAAGAAAGCAGUGCUAAAAGGCGUCCACAGCCACAAAAAGAAGAAGAUCCGCACGUCACCCACCUUCAGAAGGCCUAAGACACUGCGGCUCCGAAGGCAGCCUAAAUAUCCUCGGAAGAGCGCCCCCAGGAGAAACAAGCUUGACCACUAUGCCAUCAUCAAGUUCCCCCUGACUACUGAGUCAGCCAUGAAGAAGAUAGAAGACAACAAUACACUUGUGUUCAUUGUGGAUGUCAAAGCCAACAAGCACCAGAUCAAACAGGCUGUGAAGAAGCUGUAUGAUAUUGAUGUGGCCAAGGUCAACACCCUGAUCAGACCUGAUGGGGAGAAGAAGGCAUAUGUUCGACUGGCUCCAGACUAUGAUGCUUUGGAUGUUGCCAACAAAAUUGGGAUCAUCUAAACUGAGUCCAGCUGGCUAAUUCUAAAUAUAAAAAUUUUGUACUAUAUGCUUCUUUAUGUUGAUUUCUGGUUGGGCUGGGAGGGCACCAUACUGUGGUAUAUACACACU